UACUACAAACCAAAGCUUCAGUCCCUCUGAUAUUUUUUUGCUUGAUCAUAUCAGUUUCUCUCUUCAAUUUUCUAAUAUUAUUAUUUUCUCAAGAAAGUGAGAGAAAAUGAGCACAGCUACCUUCAUUGAUAUUAUCAUUGCCAUUAUUUUGCCACCUCUAGGAGUCUUCCUUAGGUUUGGAUGCCAUGUUGAAUUUUGGAUCUGUUUGGUUCUGACUUUGUGUGGGUAUCUUCCUGGGAUUCUCUAUGCCAUCUAUGCUAUCACAAAGUGACCAAACUCGUUUUAGAGUUUGAUCGAGUGUGAAGACCAGACCAUGUUUUUCUUGUUAUUGUUUGUGAAUUUGAUUUAAACCGUUGGAUGGACAUUAUUGUAAUGGUAUUAACGGUUGAUAUCCUUGAUCUCAAGUGUGUGUAUGUGUCAGUAUAUUAGAUAUUUUAAGAGCAGGCUUUCUUUUGGAGUUAUUAUUAUUAUUUUUUAAUUUCUACUCUUUAUUUGAUGUAAUUAAAGUUUGUUUGUCGGUUUCUAUGAUAUGGACAACUGAUAAAUUAAAAUUUGAAUAUUUUAAUUUUAAAAUUGUGGCUGUAUUCUUAUCCA